CAAAUUUACCCAUAAUUCCUUGAAGCCAUGGCUGACGAAGAAAGUCCCAGAAUAACAGUAACAGUAAAAACGCCGAAAGAGAAGCAUGAUGUCGAAAUUAAUCAAGCUGCCGGCGUACGAGAAUUUAAGGAAGAAGUGGGCAAGAAGUUUUCAGCACCUAUUGAGCAGCUGUGUUUAAUAUUUGCUGGAAAAAUUCUAAAGGAUGGAGAUACACUGGCCCAGCAUGGAAUAAAAGAUGGACUUACAGUUCAUCUAGUGAUUAAAUCAUCCAACAGGUCGCAAGAACAGGCUGCUCAGAGAUCCACAACACCCUCCAGCGCACCCACUACAGGGUCAACCACUGGCGGGGGUGCGGGCACUGAGACCCCCAACCUCUCCCAGACUCCUUUUGGACUGGGAGGUUUAGGGGGACUGGCAGGAUUAGGAAAUCUAGGAAUGGGAUCACACAAUUUUAUGGAGAUGCAACAAAACAUGCAGAGAGAGAUGAUGGCCAAUCCAGAUCUAAUGCGACAGAUGAUGGAGAAUCCGUUUGUACAACAGCUGAUGUCUAAUCCCGAUGUAAUGAGACAGAUGAUCACCAGCAACCCACAAAUGAGAGAGCUUAUGGAGAGAAACCCAGAAAUUUCCCACAUGUUGAACAACCCUGAAUUAAUGAGACAGACCAUGGAGUUAGCCAGGAAUCCCGCCAUGCUCCAAGAGUUAAUGAGGUCUCAGGAUCGUGCCAUGAGUAACUUGGAGAGCAUACCAGGAGGAUUUAAUGCUCUACAGAGGAUGUACCGCGAUGUACAAGAACCAAUGAUGGAUGCUGCUUUUGGGAAUCAAAAUCCAUUCGCCUCACUUGUCGGUCAAAACAACUCUGGUGCCCCCAAUGCUCUGCAGGGAACAGAAAAUAAUCAGCCCCUCCCGAAUCCCUGGGCCCCAGCCUCCACACAGAGUAGUUCCUCCCCCUCCUCCCCCUCCCCCGCCACCACCACGAGUUCUACAGCACCCACGUCAGCGGCCUCAAUGCAGGACAUGUUUGGUAGUCGAGGGAUGCAGAGUUUGAUGCAGCAGAUGACACAGAACCCACAGCUGAUGGAGAAUAUGUUACAGGCACCCUACAUGCAGUCAAUGCUCCAGUCAAUGUCAGCAAACCCAGAGAUGGCAAACCAGAUAAUUGGGUCAAAUCCAAUGUUUGCUGGUAACCCUCAACUUCAACAACAGGUGAUGCAACAGCUCCCCACUAUGAUGCAACAGCUGCAGAAUCCAGAGAUGCAGGCUUUACUGUCCAACCCCCAGGCAUUAAAUGCUGUGAUGCAGAUACAGCAGGGACUGAGCACCCUCCAAAGUACUGCGCCCUCACUUUUUCCAGGAGUGAACCCUGGGUCCUUGCCUAUUGGUGGAUCGACUCCCACAACAAACACAGUGGCCACAACAACAGCAGCAUCAGCCUCCACGGACACCACGAGCUCCUCCACCAAUUCUACCACCACCACCACAACAGCCACAACAUCCUCCACAGGUGGUACAACUACCACACCCUCUACAGCGGCACCUGGCACGCAACAGAAUCCUGAACAACUCUCCAACCUCAUGGCACACAUGAUGCAGUUAAUGGCGGGUGGUAACCAGAAUCAGCCCCCUGAGCAGAGGUAUGCAGCUCAGCUGGAUCAGCUAGCCACAAUGGGAUUUGUUGACAGAGAGGCCAACAUUAGAGCUCUUCAGGCUACACUGGGAGAUGUAAAUGCUGCAAUAGACAGACUGCUACAACAGCGAUGACAUAGUUGUGAUGAACUGUAACUUGGAUAACAUCAUAAAAUAAGAACUGAAGCAUCCCCGGGAACUGGUUUACAUUAAAAAUGAGCUUUUACCUCCUUAUGAAAUCAUCUCUAUUAACUCGUAUUACUUUUUCUUCCUUCAUUAUAAAUCAUUGCUCUCCUAGUGAUGCACUUCUACAUUGAACUGUGCUAUGUUUGCAAUGGCCGAUAUUUUCUGACAGGGCAUGAUUUGCUCCGUGUGGUGAAACAAUGGCUUGAUUUUGUGUUUAGUCAGAUUUUUUCUAUGCGCAGUUCUGAUAUUCCAGAAUGUCAAAUAAUAUUUACCAGUUUAUGUGUUUUGUAUCAUUUGCGGCAUUGUAGGAAACCCACUGUAUUGCAUACCUUUGCUAACCAUGGGCAAGCUUCCUGAAAUUUCUGGGUUACAUAAAUAUCGAUCUUUUCAAUCCAGGAAUGAGAAUGAAAUGUAAAAACAAGGAACACCCGCUAAGGAUGUGUUGCACAUAUUAACACCUCUGAGUAAGAUUUACAAAAGUGUGAAGGAUCUAAUCAAGUAGGGCAUAAAUACAUAUAUUUCAUGUGACCAAGAAAAUUUCAGAGAGAGUAUGCUUAAACACAGUGGGUUUCUAAUGAUUCUUUUCAGGAUUGGAUGACAAAUUGAUGUUUAAUUACAUAUUACAUGAAUUGUCAAGAAGUCAGAAACUCGACAGUUCCCUUGUUUCAUUAUUCAUGGUGAAAUAUACAUGCCUAUCAGUUGAUAAAGUUUAUUUGUCGGGGACGACUAAAAUGAUUCAUUUUACCAUCUUCCACCUGAACUCAAAGAAGAUGUUGAUAUCAAUUUAAAUUUUACUGAUUUUAGUCUUAUAAUAGAUUUAAAUGAAUCCUAAUAACAAGUAUAUUUAAAGCAAAUUAAAUGUUGUGUUUCUAAAAAAAAAACUUUUCUUUUUCUUAGCCAAUUUUAUUUAUAUUUGAGUUACUGAAAGGAUGGAAAAUUACUUAAUAAUAAUAAUACCUGUCUAAUCAAAUUGUAAUAUAGAUUUUUCUUGCCUUUGACUGCUUUUGUAUAUCAGAUUUUAAAAAAGCUAAUGAGAUGUUAUUUUGACAGGAUUUCAAAUAUUAAUGAAUUUUGUGAAUCUUAAAUAUUCAUACUGAAUGCAAGAUAUAUAUAAGAUACAGUAUAUGUAUAUACUGUAAUGUAUAUUUUGCUGGUCCAUUUAUUUUUAUCCGAGCGUCAUUAAGAAGUAUAAAUUUUGAACAGCUGGUUGACAUGUCAGUUCAUUACAAAUACAUGUAAAAACCCAUGUGUUGAUGUAAAAUGCAUGUUAAUACUGGGCCUUGUUAUUUAAAAGAAUGAUUUAUUUGCUGUUGUACAGUGUAUGAAUAAAACGCAUAGAUGUAUCCCAAA